AUGGUAUUUAAAAUUCCAAUCUAUCGCAUACUUAGUGAGAUCCGUGACGAGGAUUAUGUCCAGUUUCCUGCUACGUUGGGUGAUACGCAAAAGGGCUUCAAUCCGCAGUACCACUGCACUUAUCAUAGGGAGCGAGGACACCGGACAGAGGACUGUUUACCUUUGAAACAACAUUUGGAAGAGUUAGCCGCCACCGGUCACUUAGACCUUUACAUUGAUGGAGGCGUCAAAGCCGCGCAUCCUGCCCCGGCCGAUCCGAAUGGUUUAGAUAACUUAGAGGCGCCCCCUCAAGGAGUGGUCAAUGUGAUCCACGGCAUAGUGGAACUGGCACGUGUGUGCGAGCUCCGAGGAAUGAUCAAAAAGGCAGAACAAAUGAGAGAAGUUUUGUCAGUUCAGCCCGCAGUCAAAAAGGGCAAGACCGAGGAAAAAGACGUGAUUAGUUUCUCAACAAGGGACCUAGAGCACAUUCAAACGCCGCACAACGACGCCCUAGUAGUCACCCUCCGCGUUAGAGAGUUCGAUGUCAAGCGCAUCUUGAUUAACUAG